CAAGAGGGAGAGGAGCAGAUUAUACCGGGGGAGAGGGGCAGUUUAUACCGGGGUAGAGGAGCAGAUUGUACCGGGGGAGAGGAGCAGUUUGUCCCGGGGGAGAGGAGCAGUUUGUCCCGGGGGAGAGGAGCAGUUUGUCCCGGGAUGAUCGACUCUGUUGUGGGGCGAUAGCAGCUAGCUCAGUGUAGCUCACAUGCUAACACCGGCCGGUGGCUGCUAACAUCCCGGCUCCUCCGUCCUCUCUCUGCCCGCUGCGUAGUGACCCACAGCCCGGUCCUGACCUCAUGGAUCCUGGGGACCUGGACUCCAGCCUCCCGCAGCCCGACAACCCGUGUCUGAUCGUGGAGGACUCUCAGCCGGACAGCGUGGCCCUGGAGGACGACCCCGAGAGCAGCUACCGAGCUCUGCUGGCCCGGCGCCUGUCCAACCUGCAGCCCAGCUCCCGGAGCCCGGUGCUGGAACUGAUCUCCUCACCUCUGGGAAGCAGAAGCUCUCAGACGGACUCCGAGAGCUCCCAGAGGAACAACCAGGCUGAACCUGGUAUUCUCACAACAACCCAGGAGGAGAGUCAAGUUCUCCACACCGGCCCUCCUCCAAACAAGAAGAGCUCACCAGAGGAAACAGAAAUGGAUUCUGGGGCAGAUUCUACCACACACUGUCAACCUGAAGAGGAAACCUCUCAGCUUGGUUUUCUCGAGCUUUCGCAGACCCAAGAUCUGUGCAGUGAAGCAGUGAACAGUCGGGGGGGAGACUGUGAGAGAAGCGACAGAUUAGCAGAGCAGAGCUCCACCACCUCAGCGACUCAGGACAACAAAUCUGUGAGAUCUGAGGUGAGCUCCAGCAGCUCGUCAGACUCUGCAGCUCCUUCGGGCCGGCAGCUCAGCGUCCAGGCUCUGCUGCACUCCGAGGGUCUCCAGGCCUCCUGUGACCAGAGGCAGCAGGACUGUGAGCUCCCGUCCUCACAGGAAGACAUGUUCGAUGCUGACAAGACGGCUGCUGCAGUGGACAGCACAGUAUCUGAGCAGGAGCAGCAGGGCCACCCGACCCCGACCCCCUCCCACACCCUGCGACUGCUGCAUCUGUCUGGACAGGGAACACUGGUGCAGGAGAGUCUGUCCCAGAGCUCUGCUGAUUACGUUGCUCCGACUCCAGACAACUUCAGCCACACUCCUAUAAUGGUUCCCAGCUCCCCGACCGGACCAGAGCAUGAACACGGUGCUGAUGAACCCAUGGACACUUCGUUGCCCCCAGAAGAUCGAGCAGGGGAGAGGGAAGAACAGCCAAUGGAAACGGACGCCGCCUCUAAGCUCCACCCAUCCUCCUCCACGCCGGUAUCCCAGAAUUCCCCUGGUUUUGCGUUGGAUCGUACUCUCUCUUUACCCUCCCAGCCAGAGCUCUCUCAUGACGUGUUUGUUCCGACACCGAGUCUGGAGCCGCCUCGAGCGCCGGAUAAGAAGUCGACGCCUCCGGAGACAGAGUCUCAACAUCUGGAGUCGCUCACUUCUCCUCUGCAGCUGUGUGUGAGCACUCAGAGCAGCCGUCCUGCUCAGCAGACCUCAGGGCAGCUGGAGGACGACAGUCAGGCCACGCAGAUUGAGGAGUUUGAAGCUGUCGACACCAGUGACUCUGUGACUUUGUGCCGUGACCAGAGGAGCGCCCCCCCACUAUCACAAACCACUUCUAAAGCCUCCACCUCCGCCCAAUCGCCAAAGUGUUACAACGAAUGUGCCAAGACUGAGUCGUCCAAUCAGACGCAGAGUUCUGAAGUGCCCAACCAGACAGCUUCUUUGAAUGUACACAAUGUGAAUGUAACACACGACAAAGAGACGGCCUCUGAGGACACGGCGUCCGGCUCUCAACCGAAGCUCGACUCCUCGGACGUGUCUCUUAACAUCUGUGUGCAGGAGACUCCGUCAGAAACCCCCCCGCCCUGUAGCCUGCCUGCCUCUGCUGUGGAGGUUAGAGGAGGAACAACCAAGAGUCGCUCUGUACAACCAGUGUCACAGACUGACAGGCACACGAUGGAUCAGGUGGAGGAGGUGGUGGAGGUGGAGGAGGAGGAGGAGAGUGCAAAGGGAGGCGGGGCUUCAGGAAUGGCUCUUGCUCUCUCUCAGAGUGAACCGAUGACUCCUGAGCCGAUGGAGGACGAGAGUGAAGAGCAGGGAGGAGACAGCGUCAUCGUGGUGACCGACAGCGAGAGACACUCCCAGAGUCUGAAGAGCGACGCCACCAACAGCUCUCAGCCAAUCAGAGUCAACGUGUCCGCCUCCACCAACGGCCAUGAUUCCCAGAUGAAGAAGGUGAACGCGGCACUCGAUAGGUCGCCUCAGACGAAGAGGGCGGGGCCUCAACCAGAUGUGCUCAAAGACAAGAGCCUCAGUGACAGUUCGGGAGAGAUUUCCUUCCACUUCACACUUCCUAAAGAAGGGGAGCUGAUUGGUCCUGCAGCUGGAGCCACGCCUCCUCUAAUCAAUCAGCUGAAGCAGUCGCUGAGACACAGCACUCCCAUUGAGCUCUUCUCUGAGAAGUCGGACGAUGUGGCGAUGGCUGCCAGCGACCUUGUGUCGGGGGAAGGUGGCGAGGACCGGACGGACCCUGGAGACAGGAAGCUGAGCUUGAGGAUGAAGCUGGUGACCCCAGUUGGAGAAGGCAGCUCUGAGUCCUUCAGUCUGCAGAAGCCGGCGCUGCCAGACGAGGACGUGUCUGUCCUCAAGGUCGUCUCCAAGGCUGUGACCAGCUCGUCGGUGUUCAGUCGAGUCCGGCAGGUUCACAGACAGCAGGAGGACAACACACCUGUCAGGGCGGAGCUGUUCGCCUCGCCACAGAGAAGCUCCCAGGCGUCCUCGCUGGGAUGCAACAGCCAAUCACAAGCUCCACAACAGGAAACAGCGCCGCAGCAGAACCCGGUAAAUACCCCCACCCCUGCCGACCAAUCAGAGGAGAGGAGAGGACCACCCGACUCCUCAGAGCCCCCCACCCCAAACAGUCGAGACGCCCGCCUGAAGGCGAGCUCCCAGAAGAGCUGCAGCUCCGUCAGCUCCAGUCCAUUCCACAAGCGGAUGCCGCCCCAGCAGACCAGCUUCCAGGCAGAGGGGCUGCGCUCUCCAGCCGGCAGGGGGGAACCAGAGUUUCCAUCCUUCAGAAGAACCUCAGGCCCCGCCCACUACAGACACGUGCGCACCACCCAGGAAGUGCGAACCACCAUCACACGGAUCAUUACAGAUGUUUAUUAUGAGGACGGUAAAGAGGUGGAUCGCAAAGUCUCUGAGGAGAGCGAGGAGCCGGUGGUCGACUGCCACGUGCUGGACAGCGACAUCUCUCCGUGCCGCACGGGCAGCAGCUCCAUGACCUCCGGUGACCUGGGGGACAUCAGCUCGCUGUCCUCCAAGGCCUCCAGCAGCAGCACCGGCUUCACCAGGCCGGACUUCAUCAUGCCGUCCAGCCGAGGGGGCAGAUCCUCCAGGGGAGGAGGGGUCGGCUCCCUGCAGAGACUCGGAGCUCAUGGCCCCCCCCCGUCCUCCUCAGAGGACGAGCCCUUCACCCGCAUGCCCCCCCCACGUCUCCCCGUCAGCCCCACGGACACCGAGCUCCCCAGCCGCUCCGACUCCCUCCGCUCGUCUCCUGAGGAGGCCGGCUCGGCCAGCAGCAGCUUCGUGGGCCUGAGGGUCGUGGCCAAGUGGUCGUCCAACGGCUACUUCUACUCAGGCCGCAUCAUCAGGGACGCCGGGGGGGGGAGCUUCCGCCUGAGGUUUGACGACGGCUACGAGUGCGAGGUGGUGGGGAGGGACAUCCUGCUGUGUGACCCCAUCCCCCUGGAGACAGAGGUCACCGCUCUGCUGGAGGACGAGUACUUCAGCAUAGGUGUCGUCCGGGGCCAUAAGACCGAGGGCCAGGAGCUGUCCUACAGCGUGGAGCGGGACGGACAGAGACAGUGGUACAACCGGACCUCGGUCAUCCUGUCGCUGGAGCAGGGGAACCGGCUGAGGGAGCAGCACAGCCUCGGCCCCUACGAGCCGUCCACUCCUCUGGCCAAGGCCUCGGACAUCAGUCUGGAUAACCUGGUGGACGGGAAGAGGAGGCGCAGAGUGACCCCUGGAGGUCAGGACACUCCCAACCGCAGCCCCUGCACCCCCGGCCCCUCCGGCAAGAGGAAGCUGAGGACGACCUCUGAGGACGACAGGUCGCCGGCCAAGAGAGGCCGCAAGGGUCCGGGCAUCAGAGCCGCUCAGCGGGUCGGAGUGUGUAACACCUCGGGCAGCGGCACCGACCCCCCCGGCCGGGCGGGCGAGGUGUGGGAGGCUCAGGGGCCGCUGCCUCACAACUCGUCUCUCUUCAUGGGCUUCGCCUUCAUGCUGACGGCGUCGUCAGAGAGCGACCGACUGACCAACCAGCUCACUGAGGAGGAGGAGGAGGAAGGUGAGGCGACCAGUCCGUUCAACAAAGCGUACACAGAGUCCCAGCUGCAGGCGGGCGGCGGCUUCAUCCUGCCCGACUUCAACGAAGAGCAGUGUAAGGCAGCCUAUCAGAGCCUGCUCAUCGCCGACCAGCACUGCCGCACCAGGAAGUACCUGCUGUGCUUGGCGAGCGGCGUGCCGUGCGUGUCACAUGUUUGGGUUCGAGACUGCUGCAAAGAGAACAAGCUGCUGAACUACAGGAACUACCUGCUGCCGGCGGGGGUGGGGCCGGACGCCACCGUGGUGGAAUGGCAUCCUCGCUGCAGCCCCUUCAGAUCCCUGCGCCUCCUCCUGGUGUUCGAGGAGCCGGCGGAGCUCUGGGCUCAGCUGGUCACGAUGGGCGGAGCCUCGUCAGUCCGACAGCUCCAGGGGGACGAAGACGGUUCAGACGUUCCUGCUGGAAAGUACGACGCGGUGGUGACAGACCACGCCUGUCCACCAUUGGUGGAGAAGAGUGUGACAUCACAGGACGUCCCGCUGGUGUCCCCUGAAUGGCUGAUCCAGAGUCUGAUCAGCGGCGAGCGCCUGGGCUUCCACAGCAGGCCUCAGUAUCGCCACGACUACUCGUCAUAACCAACCCGUGCUCAGUGUCACUGUCGCAUGCUCUGUAUAGAACCCGUCUGUUUUUAUGGAUAAUAAUAAUAAACUGUGACUCUGCUUCCA